AUGGAGCCAUAUUGUGCUGGUUUCAAGCAUGUGCAACGGGACUGUGGAGUUCAUCUCAAGCUUGCAAAUGAUGAGACACACAAAGCUAGAAAUACACAACACUCCAAGCCUGGAUCUUAUGGUGUCAGUAUUAGGGUCCAAGGAAUUGAUGGUCAUCCCUACAUAGUGCUAAACAACACAGAGGGGUGUUUGUCAGAAAACCCAUCUUUAUCUGAAAAUGGGCUGCAGGUUGCAUCUCAGACAAUUAAUAGGUCAGCUCCAAACUCCAAUACUGCUCUUAAAUUGGGGGAGAAAAAUAGUGAAGAAAUAAAGUUUCCUGGAACACAGUCCACACAGCCCAGUAUGUUUAAAAGCCUAAAGCAAACCAAUAUCAAUGAAGGAGAGAAUGGAGUCUCAGAUUCUAAAUAUGGAACAUUAAAACCCUCCAAUUUGUUGAACUUUCAAAGGCAUCCUGAGCUUUUACAGCCUUAUGAUCCAGAAAAAAAUAACUUGAACUUGGAUAGCUACCAAUCUUCUGUGUGCAAUAAGUCUAAAUCUCUUGCAGCUGAAGGCAAGAUUGAAACAAAGCCUUGGACGACUUCAUCUAAAGUAGUGACCCUACAGAAAACCCCACAGCUUGUGGAGUCAGCCAAAUCAAAUGUGAAAACAAUUCAUUUGAACAGGUCCAUAGCAGUGGAAGACCAAAAUAAGCAUGUGUCCAAGUGCCCCAGUGUUACUAGCACUCCAAAUGAAGUGCAUGUAUUCGAGUCCCUUUCAUCUAGUGGAGGAUCCCCACAUGUUAGCCCAACUGGCCAACCAGAAACAAGGAAAAGUAGACCAGAUGUUCUUUCUUUCGGCAGACAAGAUUCAGCUGGAUCAGUAUUGGAUGGGUCACGAAGAUCAUCAUCUUCAUCAACCACUCCAACUUCUGCAAAUUCCUUGUAUAAGUUUUUACUUGAUGACCAAGAAUAUGCUAUCUAUGCAGACAAUGUUAAUCGACAUGAAAACAGAAGGUAUAUCCCAUUUUUGCCUGGAACAGGCCGUGAUAUUGACACUGGCUCAAUUCCUGCAGUUGAUCAACUAAUUGAAAAGUUUGAUAGGAAAAUUGGUCCACAGAGAAGAGGUAGAUCAGGAAAAAGGAACAGAAUUCACCCAGAUGAUCGUAAAAGAUCAAGAAGUGUUGACAGUGUACUGUCUUUAGGCCUGGAGGUGAAUUCAGAUUACUUAGAUGAGUUUAGUAAAAAUUUGGGUAAAUCAACUGAGCACUUGCUAAGGCCAUCAAAAAUUUGCCUUCAGAAACAAUUAUCUCUUGAACAAAAGUUGCCUUCCCCUGAUACACAAGUUGCUGCUCAAACUGUCAGCAAACUGCAACCGACUGCUCAAGACAUUCAGAACAACCAUUACAAUUCAUUGCAAUAUCAUAAAGAAAAUAAAGUUAAUGGAGCGAGUUUGAUGUUUAGGUCAUCCACACUUCCAGUACAGAAUAAAAAAGAGGAAGUUAAAACAGUAACUUCUACUCUCUUGGUGCCAAAUCGAAUUACAAUCCCGCCCGACCCAGGAACAAAGAAGAUCUUAGUAAAAACAUUUUCUUCUGCCCCAAAUACACAGGCAACUCCUGAUCUGUUAAAGGGCCAGCAAGACCUUACGCAACAAACAAAUGAGGAGACAGCUAAGCAGAUCCUUUACAAUUACCUUAAGGAAGGAAGCACUGAUAAUGAUGAUGCCACAAAGAGGAAGGUCAACUUGGUUUUUGAGAAGAUCCAGACUUUAAAGUCAAGAGCUGCUGGAAGUGCACAAGUUUCUAAUUCUUCAACUGAAGUCAAAGCAUUGCUGGAUCAAAAAACAGAGCUAAAGAGCAAGGUUGCAGAGCUACAGAAAAAGCUGGAUCUAGAAAUUAGGAAUCAGCAAAAUGCCAAAGAAGAGAGAGACGCUACAAGAGCAACUCUGAAAGAUCUACAACAGCAACUUGACAAAAGUGUACAAGAAAAAGAUGCCUUAAAAAAGCGUCUAGGAGAAAGUGAGAAGGAACUCAGGCAAAACUUAGAGGAACUUUUUCAAGUGAAGAUGGAGCGGGAACAACACCAGACUGAAAUCAGGGACCUUGAAGACCAGCUCUCUGAAAUGCAUGAUGAAUUGGAUAAUGCAAAGCAUGCUGUGGAUGGAGAGAAAGAGGUUUUGAUAGAGGAGCUGAUGCAAAUGAAGCAGGAUCUGCAAGAAAUAUUCAUGACAAAAGAACAACAAGAAGAAAUAUUGAGAAAAAGAGAACGGGAACUGACUGCUCUAAAAGGAGCGUUGAAAGAAGAAGUAUCUAACCAUGACCUGGAGAUAGAUAAACUUAAAGAACAACAUGACAAAGAACUUCAGAAUCUAAGAGAGGCUCUAGAAGAAGCAAGAAAGAAUGCUGCUGCCCUCGCCAGUGAAAGAAACACUGCAGAACAGAUGCAAAGUAGUGCAGAAAAUCGAGUGAAGGAGUUGGCUGAGCAAAAUGAACAAUUGAAGAGAACAAUUAAAGAGCUAGAGGACAAAAUUAAAGAACUCCAUCAACAGAUUGAUAAUAUGAAAGGAGAAGAAGAUACAAUGAAGGAAAAAAUAGAGAGAUAUGAGAAAGAAAAGCAACAAUUAGAAGAUGUCCUGGCACAUGCUGGGGAAGAGGGAAAGGAACUGCUGUUGGUGAAAAAGUCUUUGGAAAGCAAGCUAGAGGAUAUGCAGAAAAAAUUCAAUCAGGUUAUUCAGGAACAGCAACAGUUAACUGAACAGUUAAAAGAUGAAACUAACCAGAAGGAACAAUUAAAGAGGAUAAAGAAUGAAAUGGAAAAUGAGCGAUGGCAACUAGACAAGACUAUUGAGAAGUUACACAAGGAGAUGGCUGAAAUUGUAGAAGUGUCCCGGUCAUCCACUCUGGAGCUUCAGAACCAGCUUGAUGAGUACAAGGAGAAAAAUCGCAAGGAACUUGCAGAAAUGCAGAGACAAUUAAAAGACAAAAAUCUUGAGUUAGAAAAAUCACACCUGACAACCAUGAAAAUGCAGGAUGAGAUGCGUCUUAUGGAAGAGGAUUUACGGGACCACCAGAGAGCCCAGGAUGAGGCAAUUACAAAAACUCAGCUGCUGGAACAGACUGUGAAAGGCUUGGAAUAUGAACUGGAAGCCAAAAAUCACUUGAAAAGUGAUCGGGCAAGACAAAUGAAACUAAUGGAGGACAAGCUGUCCCAGUUGGAACUGGAGCUUGAUGAAGAAAGAAACAAUUCAGAUUUGCUGUCUGAAAGGAUUAGUAGGUGCAGAGAACAGAUUGAACAAAUGAGGAAUGAACUACUUCAAGAAAGAGCUACAAGACAAGAUUUGGAGUGUGACAAGAUUUCAUUGGAAAGACAAAACAAAGAUUUGAAGAGCCGAAUCCUUCACCUUGAAGGUUCUUAUAGGUCCAGUAAAGAAGGACUUGUUGCUCAAAUGGAAGCAAGGAUCACUGAGCUAGAGGGACGGCUAGAAAAUGAAGAGAGGGAUCGGGCUAAUCUCCAGCUAAGCAAUCGCAGACUUGAACGGAAAGUGAAGGAAUUAAUGUUGCAAGUAGAUGAUGAACAUCUCUCACUGACUGACCAAAAGGACCAGUUGAGUUUGCGUUUGAAAGCAAUGAAACGUCAGGUUGAAGAAGCCGAAGAAGAAAUAGACAGAUUGGAAAGUGCCAAAAAGAAACUUCAGAGGGAGUUAGAAGAGCAAAUGGACAUGAAUGAUCAAUUGCAAGGACAACUUAAUGGUGUGAAGAAGGAAUUAAGCAGACGGAAGACGUCACCAAGUAAAGUGUUGACUGAUCUUGAUGAUGAUGACGACGAUGAUGAUUUCAGUACGGAUGGAGAGAGUCUCUAUGAAGCACCUUCAGGAUAUAAAUCCUCAAAAGACAAUGAUACAAAAAGCUAA